AUGGAGUUCAUUUCAGCCAUGCUUUUGCUUAUUAUCGAGCUCGUGUUUGGCAGUUGGCAAUUCAGCGCUAUCACUUGUACCUCGUAUCUCGUUUUUGACUCGAUGAACAAAUUCGUCGCUCCGAUGAUAGUGUUUUUGAUUAGCAGAACGUGCUACGUCACAGUUUGUUUGGAUAAACAAAGAGGUGAGAGGGCGGCAUCGCUGAAGCUCGCCGCCCUCCAAGUGCUGAUCGCGCUCGCCUGUGUUAUGUUACUUCUUUGGCCGGUCUUCGCAUAUUCCCAGGUGUUCACUUUUUAUUUGAAUCCAAACAAUAUCACAAAUGAAGUGACGGUGAUUCGAAAAUGCGGUUUUUUACCCCCACCCGAAAUACAGUUCUGGUUCAAUCUCGUUGCCUGCAUCACAUCGUAUGCCGUGCCACUCUUCGGCAUCGUCUAUUGGUAUGUGUCGGUGCCAUUUUUCCUCAAAAACAGGGCCAUCACCACGCUCGUCGCCUCUAGCUCCAUGGACACGGCACUGCGGAAGGUGAUCACGACCGUGCUACUGCUAACGGCUAUCUAUGUGUUGUGCUGGUCACCGUAUUGGGUUUCUAUGUUCGCUCAUAAUAUCUUCGCUAUGGAAAAGAAAAGCACGAUCGUUGUCUCCUACUUCAUCCAUUUGCUUCCUUACGUCAGUUGUGUUGCCUAUCCACUCAUCUUCACUUUGCUGAAUAGAGGAAUUCGGCUAGCCCACGCAAAGAUCGUCCUGAAUCAUCGUCGACGAUUUCGAAGCAUUACCGAAGAUGCGAGCGUUCAAAUUCGGAAUGCCGUCAGGUAUUCUUCGUUUUCCCUUUGGUUUCGUUCGCUUUAUCUUACAUUCGAAUGGUGA